AUGCGCGUUCUUUUCCUUGUCGCACACGUUGACCCAACACACAAAGCCACAGCAUUCAGAUUCGCUGAUUCAGCUAAGAAAGCCUUAGAAGAGGCAGGACACGAAGUUAGAUACGUAAAUUUAGUUGAAUCUGGUUUUGACAGAACACUUACAACAAAGGACUUCAAGAAGGUUCCAGAAGGCCAAUUCAAUAUCUUUGCUCUUACAGGCCAAGAAAACUUAGUCGAUGAAGUUAAGGUUCAGCAAGAAAACCUCAAAUGGGCAACACAUGUUGUCAUCUUCACACCAAUGUGGUAUGGCAGAUUUCCAUCCUGCGUUUACGCAUACACAGAGAGAGUUCUCAACGUUCCAUUCACCUGGGACUUUGAACAUAUGCUCGAGAAGGGCUAUCUUGCCGGCAAGAAGGUCACAUCUAUCAUUUCUACAGGCAGUGCACCAAUGUUCUUUGAUCCAAAGCAAGGAAAUGGCCUUGAUGCCUACGCAUGGAGCGCUCUUUACGCUUUCAACUAUUCUGGCUUUACAAUUCUUAGAUCUAUUGGUAUCCAUGGUGCUAAUUCUCCAAAGAGAAUUGAACAACAGCCAGAACUUCAGAAGAAACUCAACCAACAACUUCUUAAUCUUGACAACUGGAAAGUAAUCACAGAUAAGAAGAUGGGACCACUUGCUACAUUAGAUCAAAUCACAGAACCAGAAAACCUUAUUCAAUAA